UGUUUUUCGAUUGACUGCAGCAUUAAAUAGGGAAUCAUUCAUCUCUUUUGCGUUAAUUGUUGAAUGUAUAUCAUGGAAUGAAGCAGUCGAGUUAUAGUGAAGAUAAUGUAAGUCUGCACGACCGAGCUGACCGACCGAGCGCUGCAGAGCUACGUUCAAUGGCAAUGAGACAACAGCAACAAAUCGACACACAACACCAAAUGCUGGCAGCGAAGGAACAACGCUUACGGUUCCUCAAGUCCCAGGAAACACGUAAUAUUGUUUCCGUAGCCGAAGCAGAGCGUCUUCGCCGACUACGCGAGCGCGUAGAAGCCCAGGAGUCCAAGCUGCGGCGUCUGCGAGCUUUGCGUGGACAGGUAGAUUUGCAGAAGACCUAUAAUGUUACGCUGGGCAACGAUUUGGAUUCGAUAAGGGCGUUAUUUAGUGAGAAGGAAAAGGAACUUACGCUAGCAGUAGCAAAAGUUGAAGCACUAACACGCCAACUGGAAGAGCUACGGCGCGAUAGGCGGGGCGUCGGUACGAACGGCAUUUCAUACAACCUAAACACGAAUUCUUUGAACAACAAUGGAUCGCCCGCCGGCAAGGAGUUGGAAAAACUGCGUUUGGAGCUUAUUUAUCGGAAUCAGUUAUCAAUGCAACAGAAUGCUCGGCUGAAUAUGCAGAGGGAAGUAUUGCAGCAGCGCCAGAUAGAACUGCACUCGGUGGACAAGCGUAUAGUCGAAUUGCAAAGCCGCAUUAACAAAAAAAGAAUACUCAAUGUGCAGAACUACAAACUAAACACGUCCAACAAUAGCCAGGGAACGGGACAAAACCAUGGUAAAACUAUACCAUCCAACGCGAAUCAUGCAUUGCACGCAAGAUCCUCUUCGACGCAUAUCAUUCCAUCACACUCGCGAACUUUGAGCCGUGGCAAUGUGGUAGCGGUGGAACCUUUUAAUCACGUUCCUGUCAAAUCAUCACCUUUAGGGAAUGGAUCUAACCAGUCCUCAUCUCCGUCUCCGUUGGUGAACGCGAAUGAAAAAAUUCCGCAGCCAAUUGCCGGUUCGUCUGACUUUAUGCAACAUCAACAGCAACAACUUCAGUUACAAAAUUAUCAAUGGGAACACGACAAGCAUGGAAUAAUGAUGGGCGGCGAUGAGGCUAUGUUAUUGGCCCCGGAAAGCGAUGAAAAGAAGCUAGCUGUCCGACAGCAGCAGCAGCAGCAACAACAACAGCAGCAGCAGCAGCAGCAGUAUCGUACACGUUACGUAGAAAAUGUUGGUAUGAUUGCAUCCACUGAAGCGGCCACGGAGGAUGAUUCUGCUACUGGAAAAAUAAGCUUUUCAGAAUCGCAACCAAAUAUGAACGAUUUUGAGAUGAAAAACACUUCCAAUCCAACGUCCAUCUAUGAAAACGAAAAAGGCGGGUUCGAAUAUUUCAACAACAACAGUUCGACAAGUGAAGGGGAUUUAGAUUCUGCGACCGGUAUGACCAACGAUAAAGGACAGUCGAGAGAUAAAAGCAUUGGAGCAACCAAGACAAUUGGCAAUAACCAUGAAAAACAUCAACUAACCAACUCAAACCACCCGAAAGCCAGCUACAAUUUUCUACAAAACAUUCCGUUGGGAAACUUGGUGGUGCCUCCAAGGAAACCAAUCAACAGUGUGGCACCAACGCUUGCCAUGAAACCCGUUCCGUCUACGACAGUCUCCACGAACACCGCAAGUGAAACCACAAGUGCAAAAAUAACGAGUGUCACGCGAAAGGUUCCAGCAGGAAUGGAUAAUAACGGUGGUGCAACGAUAAAUGAAGCUCAACAAACAUCAAGUCCUACCAGCCCAAACAAUAACAGCCGUCCGGCUCUGCCUCCAAAACCUAGUAAAGCGUCAGGGCUCGGAAAUGGAGCCGGUACGGUGCCUGUUUCGGUUCAUGGUACUGGAAGUGAUGAGAAUAGUAACGACACAACAAAUGCCACUUUGGCGGGACCGUUAACGAGUAGCGAGAAUGAUUCUUCAUCGGGCACGUCAUUUGAUAUUCCGGAUUUAAGCCUGCCGGCGACAAGUAGUAAACAAUCGACAACAAAUGAUAAACUUCCUAUCAAAGCUAAACCCUUGACUAUCAGAAAACAUCCAUUUUUGGAGCAACCGAAGUUAAAGAAUUUUACAAGUUCGUUCAAUUCCAACAGUGGGACUGUUCUAACCACGGGACUCAAUAAAACAGCAAAUCCUUCUGCAAUGCAACAACAGCAGGUAACAAACAAAAGAAAAGAGGGAGCUAGUGCUGGAACUGGCGAUGGGGGAAAUGAUACUACCCAGUACGGUAGCUAUGAAAACGAUGGUAUGCAUGAUAAAAAAUCCACACCGGAUGUUAGUGAGAACCACACGGGAAGAGAUCAUCCAAUUGAGCGCUUAAAGAAACUUAAAGGUGGAAGUGCUAGUGGUAGCGAUGGAACCGGGAACGCUGAUAACGAAGUCACGAGACGGAAGCGUAAUUUCAUUGCGAUAGCUCCAGACAGUCAGGGCAAUUCUGGCACUGUUGGGGUUAUGAACGGUGCAGCUGGAGCGUUAAGCGAAGGAAGCAAACAUAAGCUGUCUCGUCGUGUUAGCUUUGAUCCGUUAGCGCUUCUCUUGGACGCCAGUUUAGAAGGUGAACUUGAGUUGGUUGAGAAAACGGCCAUGCAGGUAACUAAUCCAAGUGCUGCCAAUGAUGAAGGCAUUACUGCGUUGCAUAAUGCUAUAUGUGCUGGUCACUUUGAAAUAGUCAAAUUUUUGGUAAACUUUGGAUGCGAUGUCAAUGCACAGGAUUCCGACGGCUGGACACCGUUGCACUGUGCAGCAAGUUGCAAUAAUUUACCGAUGGUUAAAUUUCUUGUCGAGUCUGGUGCGUGUUUAUUUGCAGCAACGCUAUCCGAUCAUGAAACACCUGCCGAGAAGUGUGAGGAAGACGAGGAAGGAUUUGACGGCUGUUCAGAGUAUCUUUACAGUAUACAAGAAAAGUUGGGUAUAUUGAACAAUGGAGAAGUACAUGCAGUUUUCGCGUACGAAUCACAACAGCCUGAUGAAUUAAGCUUUUUUGUAAACGAUAAGCUCACUAUCAUCCGGAAAGGAGAUGAAGCCGAGCGAGAAUGGUGGUGGGCACGCAAUACCUUAGGAAAGGAAGGUUACGUUCCAAGGAACUUACUUGGGCUUUAUCCACGACUCGCUCCAUCGUACACAGACGAUAAUUAGGAUUGAUACUAAUACAAAAGAGUUUGCCAAUACGAGGCUUCACAGUUCACUUCACAAUGUGUGCUUCCCUGA